GCGCUGUCAGAGCAAAAGUCAUUCAAUUCGCUUCUUGCAAUUAAGCAAAGAAUUACUUUCAAAUCUCAAAAAUGUCAAAAGCUUGGAUUCUUUUACUCUUCGUGGUUGCCUUGGCUGCCAUGCAAGAAAGCAACGCCAACCCUGUCGCCUUAGCUGAUGAACUUCAAGAAGCCUUUGGAGUUGAUGAGAAGGUAGAAGGUGCAUUUUUGAGAGAGAGACGUUCUUCUCGCCAUCAUCAUCAUGAUGAUGACGACGACGAUGACGACAGCGAUGACAGCGACGAUAGUGACGAUAGCGAUGAUGAUGACGAUGACUGCGAUCAUCAUGGCAAACAUGACAAGAAACAUCACAAAAAAGAUGACAAGAAAGAUCACAAAAAACAUGACAAAAAAGAUCACAAGAAAGACGAUAAAUCUAAGAAGUCUGCCUUGAAAUGCAGUUGCCAUGAGGAGAAACAAAAGCCCAAGGUUGUCUGCUCAUGCGCCAAACACGAGAAAAAACAAGAAAAGAAGCCUGAGAAGAAGAGUGAAUGCAAAACUACUAAACCAACAAAACCAACUUGCUCCUGCAAAGAACAUAAAAAGGUACAAAAGGAUCUCCAUGUCCAUGUUUAUGAUGUUGUUCAUCAUGAAGAUCACAAGAAAUGCUCUUGCGGAUGCAAAAAAUGAACAUGAGGUUCUAUCUCAAUAUAUUUAUUCCUAUUCACCAUUCAUAUAUAUUACUCAAUGUAUGAUAUAUUAAUCGAAAUGAAUAAAUAAAUAUUACUCAAUGAUAAAA